UAGCGCUGUGGUAGCAUGUUGUGAUGGAGCGCUAUUCGUCGUAGGCUAAAUGGUGACGCGAUAGCAUUGCAAACCUUGUUAAGUUACAGUUUUAGCUAAGGUAGGAAGCUGCACGGAUGUGACAUUACCGGUAUCAUAAGUGGUGGUUUUGGGAAAUGUUUUAUAUUGUUACCGACGCUUUCCACCAUCAGCAAUAGGGUCGAAUCGGGUUAGCGAAUGCUAACCUCAAUAUAUGGCUUUAUUGUACCUGUGUGUCUUGCAAGAUGCCGUACGCGCUCGACAUGGUUGGUGGCUAACAAACAAUCGUGUGCCGACGUUUAGCAUAGCCGCCUACUCGUUCGAGAGUCGUCAUUGCUUUAGACCGGCGUCUGCCUGCACUUAAAACGUUUGUUUUGAUGGCUAACAAGAGCUAACGGUAGCAAACUCUAGUACUAGCUAGGUCUAAGGCCUUUUUUUCUUAGUGUUGUCAGCCCUCUCUGUGAAGUAGACUCACCAUUAUCCGCAGUUCAUCGGGCUGCAGGGGAAAUUGGGAGAUUUUUCUGACCGUAUUAAAGAGUUGGUGAAAAGAGUUAAGACUGUGCUAAAUCUGUCGUGAAGCAUGGCAGAUAAAAAAGGAAAACCUGUCAGUGCGAUGAAAACAUUGACAAAGAAGGAACAAGAAGAACUCAAGAAAAAAGAGCAAGAAAAAGCAGCCGAGGUUUUUGAAGAAUUCUUGGCAUCAUUUGAGAGUAGUGACAAAAGUGGGGUGAAAACCUUUGUUCGCGGUGGAAUAGUGAACGCGACUAAAGAGGAGGAAGCAGCAGAAGUCAAAAAGAGUAAGCUUUAUCGACCCUCCACAAAGUUUACUACCCCUGUAUCCCAGCCUCAUGUUUCACCAGUACAGUCUCCUGAAAUCAAAAAACCUACAUUUAAAAGAAAGACCGAAGAAAAGAAGAAAAGUAACCUUGAACUCUUCAAAGAAGAGCUUAAACUAAUACAAGAAGAGCGUGAAGAAAGGUACAAAAGAAAAAAAAAUGACCCUGAAGGAGUGGGAUACGGAGAUGGGGACACACCAUCGAGACGAUCAACUUUUUACGAUGACCUAGCAGUGCCAACUACUACUAAUCUCUACAUUAGCUGUAUUAGCCCAAAGAUGAAUGAGGAUAUGCUCUGCAAAGAGUUUGGUAAGUACGGUCCACUUGCCAGUGUGAAGAUUAUGUGGCCCCGGACGGAUGAGGAGCGCUCCAGGACCACAAACAGAGCCUUUGUUGCAUUUAUGACAAGAAAAGAUGCAGAGAGAGCCUUGGCUGCACUAGAUGGUAAAACUGUAAUGGGGUUUGAAAUGAAGCUGGGAUGGGGGAAACCAGCUCGCAUUCCACCUCAGCCCCUCUACACACCAGUAGGUGUCAGGGCCUUACCGCCACCCCCAUCGGGCCUGCCUUUCAAUGCUCAGCCAAGGGACCGCCUCCGCAAUGACUUCACCAGGCCUUUGAACAGGUCCAAGGGGGAGUUUGACAAGAGUCUGUCCGAAGCCAUAGUCAAAGUGGUUAUCCCAACCGAAAGGAAUCUAUUAGUCCUUAUUCACAGGAUGAUAGAGUUUGUGGUGCGUGAAGGACCCAUGUUUGAAGCCAUAAUUAUGAGCAAAGAGAAGAAUAACCCAGAUUUCAGGUUCCUCUUUGAAAACAAAAGCCAAGAUCACGUUUACUACCGCUGGAAACUCUACUCUAUCCUACAGGGAGAGUCCCCCACUGAGUGGAGGACCAGUGACUUCCGCAUGUUCCGAGGAGGCUCAAUAUGGAGGCCGCCUAUCCUCAACCCUUACCUCCAGAAGGAAGGUAAGGGAGCAGAGGAGGAUGUGGCUGCUGCUUCCCAAGAGGACGAGGAGGUGAAGAAAGGGCAGCUCAAAGCUGAAUGCAGACAGAGACUGGAGACACUGCUAAGAGAGCUUACUCCACGAAGAGAGGACAUCGCUGAUGCCAUGCUGUUCUGUCUCGGAAGGGCAGAAGCAGCAGAAGAAGUGGUGGGACACGUCACUGAAUCCUUCUCUCUGCUUCAGACACCACUACAGAAGAAGAUUGCCAGGUUAUAUCUUGUGUCAGACAUUUUACACAACUCUUGUGCCAAAGUAGCUGGUGCAUCCUAUUACCGGAAAUACUUUGAAACAAAACUGUCCCAAAUAUUUGGAGACCUCAAUGCAGCCCACAGAAACAUACAAGCCAGGUUGCAGGCUGAACAAUUUAAGCAAAAGGUAAUGAGCUGUUUCAGGGCAUGGGAAGACUGGGCCAUAUACCCAGAGCCCUAUCUAAUUCAACUGCAGAAUAUCUUCCUGGGCUUUGUCAAAGCAGGAGAGGAGUUAAUAGAAAAGGCUGAGGAGACGUCCUCAGAUUUGGAUGGUGCUCCGCUGGACGGGACACCUUUAGAUGGUGCACUAAUGGAUAGAGCUUCCCUGGAUGACCUAGAUGGCUGCCCAAUGGGCUGGGACCCUCUGGAUGGAGUGCCUGUUGACGACAUUGACGGUGUUCCAUUGGGAGCUGCUAUGGAUGACAUUGAUGGAAUGCCUUUGGAUGAUGGCAACAGUCCUCUUUCCAGAGUGGCUUUGUCUAAAUGGGAGCAGAUGGGUGACAAUGAGGCAUUUUCCCAAGCCAAGACUGAGUCUAAAUGGGAUGCCGUACAAGAACAAGACAGCGAUGACGACAUGAAUGUAGGUUCUAACCAUCAGGACGGAGGCGGGAACUCUGAGAGUGACAGCAGCGAUGACUCCUGCAGUUUGUCCAGAUACGAGGGUGCAGACUUUGAAAGCACCCUCAAGCGUUUUCAGACGUCUGAGAGCAAGAAGAAAAGGCUGAGAGAACAGGAGGAGGUCAAAAAGGAUGGCGAGAUAAGGAGUGAAAGAUCUACAUCAAAGUCAAAAGACGGAUCAAAGGACGAGAGGAGGGACAAAGAGAGGAGCAAAAGGAGUGAAGAUAAGGACAGAAGAAGGGGACGAAGCAGAGACUCGGAUGAGCAGACCCAGAAAUGCAAAAGCAUCUCUCCAAGACCAAGGUCUCCCAAACGGUCCAAGCGCUCCAGAUCCAAAUCAUCAGACAAGAAGGUACGGAGGUCCAGGUCCAGAUCCAGGUCACCACAUCGCUCCCACAAGAAGUCAAAGAAGAACAAACGCUAACCACAGACCUUCAACCUUGCCUUUCACCUUUGCCCCGAUUUAGUCCGUCAGCAUCCAGGGAUUUCUGAUUCAAUGCUUAAUGUACCAGUGUGCAAAACACACUACUCUAUCCCACCAAUAUCUCUGAUGCGUUCUUCAGACCAACUGACGACUCUUCCCUUCCGUACUUUUGCCCUGACUUCUCCAGGCAAGAUUCAGCACAUUUUUAUAUGAAGUUCGAACACUGUAAUUAAUUUUGUUUUAUUGUUUGUUUCUAAAAUGGGGACUAAUUAGAAUGUCGCUGCCAGACUGUGACACUUAAUAAAUCACUCCUGGUGAUGC